AUGAAGUUUGGGGACCAUUUAAGAAAGUCGCUUAUAAGACAAUAUAGCUUUUAUUAUAUUGCAUAUGACGACCUUAAGAAUGAAUUAGAGGAGGGUUUAAAGAAAAACAAUGAUGAAUGGUCACAGGAUUUGGAAACAUCCUUCUUAGGCUUAUUGGAAGUGGAACUGGAUAAGGUUUACAGUUUUUGUAAAGUGAAACGAGGGGAACUUGUUAGACGUGUUAGAGAUGUUGCCAAAGAAGUGCACAAUACUGUGAAUCUAUUGGAUUCGAAUACUCCGCCAACACAAAUCGAUUUCGAGAUUUUGGAAGAAGAAUUGAGUGAAAUUAUCGCUGAUGUUCAUGAUUUAGCCAAAUUUGCAAGGUUGAAUUAUACUGGCUUCGAAAAAAUUAUAAAGAAACAUGAUAAGAAGACAAAUUUCAUCUUGAAACCAAUUUUUCAAGUUAGAUUAGAUGCAAAGCCAUUCUUUAAAGAAAAUUACGAUGAAUUGGUCGUUAAGAUCUCACAGUUAUAUGAUAUAGUAAGAACGAGUGGUCGUCCUAUAAAAGGUGAUUCAUCUGCGGGUGGUAAACAACAAAAUUUUGUUAGACAAACCACCAAAUAUUGGGUACAUCCUGACAAUAUCACUGAGUUAAAGCUGAUCAUUCUGAAACAUUUACCAGUUCUUGUAUUCAAUACAAAUAAAGAAUUUGAAAAGGAAGAUUCUUCAAUUACAUCGAUUUACUAUGAUAAUGAAGAUUUAGAUCUAUAUUAUGGACGUCUUAGGAAAGAUGAAGGUGCAGAAGCACAUAGAUUAAGGUGGUAUGGUGGUAUGCAAUCUGAUACCAUCUUUUUUGAAAGGAAAACACACAGAGAGGAUUGGACUGGCGAAAAAUCUGUUAAGGCAAGGUUCGCCGUAAAGGAAAGAUAUGUAAAUAAUUUUAUUGCUGGUAAAUAUACUGUGGAAGAGGCAUUUAGGAAAAUGCGUAAAGAAGGCAAGAAAUCGAUACAAGAAAUUGAGAACUUGGAAGCACUGGCCACUGAAAUCCAAUACACGAUGAUUAAGAAGAAGCUAAGACCUAUGGUUAGAACAUUUUACAAUAGAACAGCGUUCCAAUUACCCGGUGAUGCAAGAGUUCGUAUAUCUUUAGAUACUGAAUUGUCAAUGAUAAGGGAGGAUGAUUUCGAUGGGUUUAAUAGGACGAAGGGGAACUGGAGGAGGAUGGAUAUUGGCGUUGAUUGGCCAUUUAAACAACUUGAUGAUAAAGAUAUUUGUAGGUUUCCUUAUGCUGUUUUAGAAGUGAAAUUACAAACACAGUUGGGCCAAGAGCCUCCUGAAUGGGUACGAGAGUUAGUUGGGUCCCACUUAGUUGAGCCAGUUCCAAAAUUCUCUAAGUUUAUUCAUGGUAUAUCAACGCUAUUCAAUGAUAAAGUGGAUAUGAUUCCAUUUUGGUUACCUCAGAUGGAUGUUGAUAUUAGAAAGAAACCGCUACCCACCAACAUUAUUGAUAUUACAAGGCCAACAAGAGAAGAAGAAGGAGAUGAUGAGGAUGACGAAGACGCAGCAUUAGUUGAAGCAAUGAUGGACGCACCGCCAGGGAAUAAUCUUGAUGUAGAAGAAGGUGGGGGACCAAGCUACGGUUCGAUAAAUAAUAAUGGUACAUCUACCAAUCUUGCUGUCGUCAGGGACAGUGCCAAUGCAUCAUAUUAUCGUCGUAAGAUUAGAGAGUCAACCAACUUACUGACGAAAAAUUACUAUAAAGCACUGUAUGGAUUGGAUCAUUACUUAUAUGGUGAACAAAUUUCCAAGAUUCCAAGAGGUACAAUAUUUGACACGCAGAUUCAAGCACCUCCUGGUAAAACCAUCUGUGUCCCUGUACGUGUAGAACCGAAAGUGUAUUUUGCCACGGAGAGGACAUUUUUAUCGUGGGCUUCCAUAUCCAUUAUACUCGGAGGUGUUUCCACUGCAUCCUUAACGUACGGUACUCUUACAACAAUGAUUGCAUCGAUCGGUUUCUUCCUGACUGCGCUGUGCAUACUAGUCCACAGUACUAUUGUUUAUGGGAGAAGGGUUGUCAAUAUCCGGACUAAGAAAGCUGUUGAUUACGAAGACAAGAUUGGUCCUCCAAUGGUAAGUGGUUUCUUAAUACUGUCAAUUCUAUUUACAUUUUUCUGUAACUAUUUGUAG